CGCAAGGCUGCUUGUUGUUCCCGCAGAGAGGCGAGAAGAUGGCGGCCGUGUCAAGCGGAGGUGCUGCUGGGUCCGCUGCGGCCGGGAUUACGCACUCUCCCCGACCGACCCACGCAGGCAUGGGCUCCCAGAACCGAGCCCAGCCAUCCUCCGGGAUCAGCCACCCCGGUCGUGCCAGCACGGCCCCUGGGUGCAUCACCAAUCCUGGCCACACUUCGGCCACCAGGCCCCCCCCAGCCCGAGUGGGCCACUACGAAAUCGAGCGGACCAUCGGCAAGGGAAAUUUCGCGGUUGUUAAACUAGCCACACACAUCAUUACCAAAGCAAAGGUGGCUAUAAAAAUAGUGGACAAGACCCAGCUGGAUGAUGAGAACCUGAAAAAGAUCUUCAGAGAGGUGCAAAUCAUGAAGUUGCUGAAGCACCCCCACAUCAUCCGCCUCUACCAGGUGAUGGAGACAGAGAGGAUGAUCUAUUUGGUAACAGAGUACGCUAGCGGUGGAGAGAUAUUCGACCAUUUGGUGGCUCAUGGGCGAAUGGCGGAAAAGGACGCCAGGAAGAAGUUCAAGCAGAUUGUUGCAGCAGUCCAUUUCUGUCACUGCCGCAACAUCGUCCACAGAGACCUGAAGGCUGAGAAUCUGCUGCUGGACCACAACCUCAACAUCAAAAUCGCAGAUUUUGGCUUCAGUAACCUGUUUUCUCGAGGCCAGCUAUUGAAGACAUGGUGUGGCAGUCCUCCUUAUGCUGCACCAGAACUCUUUGAGGGCAAGGAGUACGACGGACCUAAAGUAGAUAUAUGGAGCUUAGGUGUGGUGUUAUAUGUGUUGGUGUGCGGCGCCCUGCCUUUCGAUGGCAGCACUCUACAAAAUUUGCGGGCACGUGUCCUCAGUGGCAAGUUCCGCAUCCCCUUCUUCAUGUCCACAGACUGUGAGUACUUGAUCAGACACAUGUUAGUGCUGGAGCCCAGCAGACGGUUAACCAUGGAGCAGAUCUGUAAGAACAAGUGGAUGAGACUAGGAGACCCAGACCCAGACUUCGACAGGUUGAUAGUGGAGUGUGAGCAGGUGAAGACUGAGAGAGAGACGGAGGUCAUCAUUGAGCAGGUUCUGAUAGCCAUGUCGGAGAUGGGCCUGGAGCGAGAGCGCACACUUAAGUCUCUACAAACAGAUGCAUACGAUCACUACAGUGCCAUCUACAGUCUGCUGGCUGACCGCCUCAAGAAACACAAGACCUUGCCUGUUGCCCCACCCACACCACGCUCCAUUAGCUAUACUCUUAAUGCUGUACAGACGGAUCCGCAGGGUAAUCCCAUUAGCAUGACUGUUCCCCAUGUCCAGCUCAUCAACCCAGAGAACCAGAUUGUUGAGCCGGAUGGCAGCAUGGCACUGGACAGUGAUGAAGGGGAGGAACCAUCUCCCGAGGCCAUGGCUCGCUAUCUUUCGAUGAGGCGACACACUGUGGGCGUACCAGACCAAAGGACAGAGAUGCAGGAGGACCUCCAGAAACUGCCACCAGGUUUCCCUCGUGGUGCAGUGCCCCAACCCCCAUUUCCCCCACUGGCCCCCACAAUGGGCCAAAUGCACACACUCAUGCCCACGCAGAGCUUGCAGCCCACACAGCAGCUGGAGUACAAGGAGCAGUCCUUGCUGCAGCCACCCACCCUACAGUUGCUCAACGGCAUGGGCCCUCUUGGUCGAAGAGCUUCCGAUGGCGGGGCCAACAUUCAACUACACGCUCAGCUCCUCAAGAGGCCCCGGGGGCCUUCACCACUUGUCGCCAGCCCUCACCCUAUCCCUGCGGUAGCUCCCGUGGAUGAGGAAGGUUCAGACGGAGAGCCAGACCAAGAGGCAGUACAGAGGUACCUGGCGAACCGCUCCAAGCGGCACACGACGCACGCGCUCACGAGCACAUCGCAUGGCGAGCCCUCGGCAGAGUCACAGCGGCCCCAGGGCCCCCGCCAGAGGGGGGGCUGGGCCCCCGACAUACACACCCGAUCCAGCUAUAAGGACUGUAACACCCUUCAUCUCCCCAUGGAGCGCUUCUCACCUGUCAGACGGUUCUCUGACGGCGCUGCCACCAUCCAGGCCUUCAAGGCUCAUCUAGAGAACAGCAGCCUCAUUAAGCAACUCAAACAGGAGUGUGAGCAGCUCCAGAAAAUGUAUGCUGCCCAGCAAGAUGAGCGAUUCCUGGAGCACACCCAGCAACAGCAUAUCCUCUACCAGCAAGAGCAACAAAUCCUCCACCAGCAAAUCCAGGGUCUGUCUUUAGGCCAUGGAGAGAGCCAGCCCAGCCACCUAACCCACCAGCUCCAGAGGUUGCGUAUCCAGCCCUCCAGCCCUCCGCCAACACAUCCCAGCAACCACCUCUUCAGACAGCCCAACCAGAGCCCUCCGCCUGGCUCUGCAGGCAUAAUGCAAGGGCAUGGAGGUCCGUCAUCAGUGCAGUACCAGCACGGUACUGCAGCGCUGUAUCAAGGCCAGAGUGGCAGCCCACCUCCCACAGGCCUGGCACGCGUCUCUCUACCAACCAAUCAGCAAGCAGCAUCUGCACGCCCCACCGUCCCACUGGCACAGGGUGUACCUCAACAACAGCAGGUGACCAUUCAGGUUCAGGAAGUGGAGCUGGGAGGUGGGGCGCAGCGACAGGGCAGCUUUUUGUCCACGCCAGGUGGACACAGAGUCCUCGGGAAGCAGCUGAGCGCAGACAACGCCGAGUCGCACAGUCGCAGCCUUGGUCGCUUCACAUCGGGCUAUGACCAGGCUCAGUUCAAUCCCCACCUUUUCUCUGGCGACGCCACCUCCCGGGGCGUCUCCGGAGUGGUCGGCUCCUACAGCCCCUACCUGCAGGGUGCCUCCCUCAAAGUCCCUGGCCUGGAGGGUUACCAGAGCGGGGUGGUGGGGACCAGCAGCUACGGCACCCCCUCUACACUACAGCAAGCCCUGCUCUCCCCAACUCCUUUGGACUACCGCCCCCCACAACAGCACGUUACUCCCACACUGCAGGGCCUCCUCUCCCCCCGCCACUCUUUAACAGGCCACGCCGACCCCAGGCUUCCCCCACAAGAUCUGGCUGCCUUGCUGAAGAGGCACAGCCCUCGGCCGUGCCAAGCACCCCCCACGCCACCCAGCGGCGCACCCCAAGAGUAUGAAGAGAUGCUGCUUCUCCGUCAGCUGAGCCAGGGUGAGAGCUUGGAGCCACCGGCGCCGCAGGGUGCCUCCGGGGGCCAACACUACCAUCACCUCCUCCAGAUUCGACCCCCGGAUGUCCAGCCGCAGCAGCACCCGGCCCAGACACCUUGCCCAGGCUUACCUCACUCAGAGAGCAUGGAGGAGGAUGAGGUGCCAGCUGGCUACCACCACCCACAUGAGGGCCUGCUGGCCAAGGCAGGUGAAGGUCAUGAGCUCCUGGGGCCUCCCCGAGGAGGCACCCCACCCUACAACUCCCCUACACACAGGCAUGGUGGCUACAUAAGAAAUGCUCCAGCAACUAGAGAAUCUGAGCAUGUGGAGUGCAGGCCCCAGGGGCAGGCAAUGGAGGUGCCUGAUCAUAAUGGUGUGGGCUAUUCGCGAGGUCCACAGGGUGACGCCUAUAGGUCCCGUGGACAGCUACAGCGCCACCACACCAUCCAGACCUGUGACGAUGCCUACGAUCAGGCAGACCCCAUGUCUGGGAUGAGCCUGUUGGCCGGGAAGGCACUAAGCUCCGCUCGCAUGUCGGAUAUCCUCAGCCAGACGUCACUGACAGGAAGCCAGCAGCUGCACCAGCGGGAAGAGUUGGUGUGUGAUGUGGAAGGGGAGCUCCAUGCGGCAGCCUGCUACCCCUCCUCCUGCACCAGUGACAUGCUCCUCAGCUACAAGCCCCCUGACCUGCAGUACAGCAUGGAGCAGGCCGGGGUCUAGCACAGGAUGGGGUGUAUCCUGUGUGCAGCGGUCCAUAUCAGCCAUCCUAAGUUGUGUUGACUUGAGUUGAGCAGCAUCACGCCAAACCACCGCCGUCUGCCCAAGCGGGGGCGCUCUACGUCCAUCUGUCUGUCUCCAUCUGUCCCUGGGAGGGCAGUCUGCGCGAGAGAGGGGGAGUGUGGGUGGGUGUAGACAUUAGAGGGGUUGGGGUCGACAGGUGGGGGGACCUCGGGGUUCAAAAGUCAAAGUGCCAGCAUUUUCUGCACAGACAUCCAGCAUUCAUCGCCGCCGGUUGUCUCCUCUUCUCACCUCACAUCAUGGGUAGAUUGGGGUUCCACUCCUCCCUCUUUCGACUCAACCCCCUCACCUCCUCCUCCUCCCCCACGCCCACCUGCUGUCCUGACCCAAUCCUCCCCCUUUCACCCUUCGUCUUCUAUUAACUGUUGGCAUACUUCAUUACGUGCCUCAUUGGCCAACACAUCGAUACAGUCAUACGUGCAAGAACAUAGAGUCCGAUAACACAAAGAAACAUACACACUGCUGCCACAAACCCAAAGUAUUCACAUUAGGAGUGUGUGUGU